AUGUCCGCUUCACCUGCCCCUGCUUCCCAGCCAGUCACAGCCCCUGCUAGCCGCCAUGCCGCCGAACCCAUCGACCGCCAGCGCAUGCAGCUGGAGAAGCUGCUCAAGGAUCCCGCCAAACCCGCCUAUAUUCCGCCGCCACCGAAGGAGAAGACCAUUCGGCCGGCGCGAGAGAUGAUGAAGAAUGUGCAGGGCUCGAGUGCAGGAGCUGGCAGCGGAGAGUUCCACGUCUAUAAGGCUAGCAGGCGGAGAGAAUACGAGCGACUCAAGUUGAUGGAGGAGGAGGCGCAGCAGGAAGCCGUCAUGGGCGAAUUUGAGCGCAAAAGAAAAGAACGGGAAGAACAGGCGGAAGCCAAGACCGCGAAGAACCGCGCGAAAAGACAGAAGAAGAAGGUACGGGGAAAGGGCAAGGGCCCGGAGAAAGAUGGCGGGCAGGGUGAUGGCUCGUCGGCAGGGGCACCGGACGUCCCAUUAAAGAAGCGUCGCUUGGUGAACGGCAAGGAGCUUGUCUUUAAGCGGCCAGGCGAGGACAGUGACGACGACGAAGACGAUGAGGACGUUGGUCCUGGUCCUGCAGAGUCUGAUGGUAGAAACGACACCUCUGCUCUAGAUCCGACACCUGUCCGGAUUAUAGACACACCCAGGAUCAUUAUCCAUGAGGAGGAUAAUAUGUGA